CGAUAAGUGCAGGUCGUCUGUUCAACCCGCAGCUGUGCUGUCAUUGGUGGAGUCACAGCGCAGGCACAGUUCUAAUUAAAUGAGCGGCUCUUGUUUCAAACUGAUUUCCGUAGACCCAUCUGUUUGUUUUAGUUUCACAGGCACAUAGAUUUAACAAGGCCAGAAAAAUUGCAGAGAUAAAAAUUAUUUUAGCUACAUUCUAAUUGAAGGAUAUGACUAGAGACAAAGAAUAGAACAAAAAACUCUUAGCAAAAAUCAGGGCUUGAAAUUUAUGUCGUAAAAAAAAGGUGAACGUUCAAAUUUUCAGAGAAAUUGUCCACGAUGUCGCCGUACGAAAAUUGUAUUCUCAAGAGUUUCAUAAUUGUUGCUUUUUAUGUUUGCGCAUCAAGUGCGCUGAACUGUUUCCAGUGUAAUAACAGAUUUGGAGGUGUUCCCAAUACCUGUGUGUCCCCAAAGAACAUGACUGGCUGCAUCGGAUGCUUGAAGACCUUGACCAAAGUCAAGCUGAGAGAUUCUGGGUACAUGGACGGCUGGGAGAAACUGUCGGUGGUUGUCUCCCGUGUGUGCAUGAGACCUGGUUCAACUUUUAUCAAACCUGCAGGAUGCUAUAGACAACAAAACAACGGCGGAUACACGGAACGCUGCUUCUGCUUUACGGACAACUGUAACUCAAAGGCUAACACAUUGGCCACUGGAAGAACCUUGGUUUCGUGGAUCGCAUUAUUGACAAUUUUGUCUUCUUUGACUUUUGGACAUUGGCAGUCUUUAUUACAUACACUCUAGUAGUUUUGAUUCAUUACAACAAGAAGACAUUACAAUACAAUCUACGUUAUUGACAACAAUAGUAUUCACGUGUUGAAAGAAAAUGUUUUAUAGAUGAUUCAUCGUCCUAAGGAAAUAUAUUAUAUCUGUAUAUAUUUUAAAUUGAAUCGUUGACCGCUACCAAAGAAGCGGGAAACAAGGGAAACAACAAUGAUAAUACAGAAGUUAGCACGAGCUACCUCCCUUUAAACUAAAAAAAAAUAUAUCUUUUUUUUACAGACUUCAACAAAUUUAGCUAAAAUUUUUCGCUUAAAUGUCAUUUUUGUUUUCAACUUUCUUUCUAAAGCUAUUUUGGGUGAUAUUUUGCAGGGGGGGGGGGAGUGUCUUAGGAGUGAGAUAACUGUAUUUGAGACACAUGAGACCGAUUCAUUUAUACGUUAACAGAACGUCAGAAACACUUGACGAUAUUAAAACAUGUAUAUUUCUUCUUGUUUUCAUUCAAUUCAAUCUUAUCUUCAAAUAAUUGACUGAAGGUCUAUGAUAUUGAGCAAACUUGACAUUAAUAUUUGCCUGAGACAUAUGUGAUCUGGCUGUGCUUAUAUUCUAUUUAAGCACAAUACAAUGGACGACGUGUAAAGUGACGUUCAUUCAAAAACUUUUGUUUAUGCAUGCUUAUGAUAGUGCGGUUUGUGUUUAUGUAUGUUUAUGACAGUGCGGUUCUCAAGCCUAUCAUUAGAAAUCUGAUAUUACAAAUUCACUGAGAAUUCACUUAGACUUCGGCUGCCUGGUCGUGCGGUAUGCGCUCUGGACUGUCGUUCGGACUUCUCGAUGGUCCAUGGUUCGUACCCUGCCAGCUGUCAUCCCCCGUCGUCCUGCGGGAGGUUUGGACUAAGAAGUAGAUUAUAUUCCACUCUGAAGGAACAUCCGAAACAUAUAAAAUAAAACAAGACAUCGCAGAUGGAGGAAGCGUUGAAGCAGGCCAGAGCUCUCCACGAGAUGCAGUGCGAUUCGGAUCAAUGGAUACACCUAUGAUGAAGUUGAUUAUUUCUUCAGAAAUGGAUAAAGUUUUUUCUUUAUUUCAUACAAUUAUACCUGUAAAAAUGAACAAAGAAAACUGUGUAUUUCUGUGUUUUUUCUGAAAUUAUAUGAUUGGUUGGAUGAAGGCGUCUGAAAAAUGUAAAUGAUCUAUCUAUUAUGAUGUACAGAGAAUAGGACCUAAGAGACAAAAAAAAACAUGGCUCAUUUUAAAAUGCUUUAAUCUCUUUAGCAUGUAAACAAAAGAGAAUAUGUAUGAUUAUAGAAAAAAGGAAGAUAAAAAGAACAUUUUACUUUCUAGUGUCUGGAUUGAGACCUAGUUGGUGCGAACAUCUUUAGUCCUAGAAAAACUACAGAAAAAAAAAGGUGUAGUGGUCUGGAAUGUAAAGCUGAUUUCUCUAUCUUGACGUCGAUCA